AUGGGGGUCAUCCGCAAAAAGACCGCCGCACGAGGCGGAGAGGGAGGAGUCAAGUAUGUUUGUGAUGUUUGCAGUGCCGACAUCACCUCGACUGUCCGGAUAAGAUGCGCCCACAGCUCCUGCAAUGACUACGACCUCUGCGUCCUAUGUUUCUCCAAAGGAGAGUCGAGCCACAACCACCAACCUGCCACCCAUCCUUUCCGAGUCAUCGAACAGAACUCGGUACCUAUAUAUGACAAGAACUGGGGUGCAGAUGAGGAGCUACUUCUGUUGGAAGGAUGCGAGAUAUACGGGCUUGGAUCAUGGGCAGACGUGGCAGAUCAUAUUGGAGGAUACAGGAAUAAAGACGAAGUCAGGGCGCAUUACCAGAAGAUUUACCUCGACAGUUCGAACUUCCCGUUACCUGUUCGAGCAGACCCAAAAGAUAUGCAAUUACAAGACGAAUUACCUAGAGAAGAAUUUCAAGCCAGGAAGAAACGAAGGAUCGAAGAUAGGAAGGAGGCACAAAGUAAUGCACCACCUGCAACGCCGAAGAAGAAGCCCACUGCUAGUGUACCCGCAUGUCAUGAAGUUCAAGGUUAUAUGCCCGGACGUCUUGAAUUCGAGACGGAAUACGCCAAUGAAGCAGAAGAGGCUGUCCAACUCAUGCAAUUCGAUCCAGGAGAUGGAUUGAACCCACGUACCGGCGAUUUGGAACCCGAAAUGGAGCUGAAGCUCACCGUAAUGGACAUUUACAAUUCCCGCCUCACUCAACGAGCCGAACGAAAGAAAGUAAUAUUCGAGCAUAACCUGCUUGAAUACCGCAAGAACGCUGCAUUAGACAAGAAGCGUACAAAAGAAGAACGCGAUCUCCUCAACAAAGCCAAGCCCUUCGCACGUAUGAUGAAUCACGACGAUUUCCAAGACCUCUGCAACGGUUUAAUCGAAGAACACAAUUUGCGGCAAGCAGUGGCCCAACUACAAGACUGGCGAGCAAUGAAGAUAGCCGAUUUGCGCGGCGGCGAGAAAUACGAAGCCGACAAAAUGCUCCGAGCACAGAAAGCUCAACCGAUGGGAUCUCUGGAUAGAGAACGUUUCGCAAGUUCGCAGCGCUCGAAAGCACCUCCUGUCAUCGAAACACCUUCGGGAGCCGCCGCAUUCGUUGCUCCCGACCUCCCAACACGCAUCAAGUCCUCUUUAUCCACACCCAAUGGUACCCUCACACCCGCAAACAACAAAAACGGAAUCCUCACCAACGGCCACACGAACGGCAUAUCUACCCCUUCCACCAAGCAAAAAUUCCAAAUUGCACCCAUCAGCGGCGUCUCGCCCCUCUCUUUCUCACAAGAAAACGUCCUCGACAGCCAUCUCCUCACAAACGAGGAAAUCGAUCUCUGCGAGAAGAUCCGCGUACAUCCUAAGCCGUAUCUGGUAAUCAAGGAGACGGUCAUGAAGGAGGCGCUGAAGGUUAAUGGUGCGUUGAAGAAGAAGCAGGUCAGGGAGAUUUCGAAGGUGGAUGGGCAGAAGGGGAGUAGGAUUUUCGAGUUCUUUCAGGCGCAUGGGUGGAUUGCUAAGGCGUAA